GAGGCGGAGGCGCGCGCGGAGAUGGAGCGGCUCAACGAGGACGUGCGCCUGCGGGCCAUGCGCGCCCGGGCCCACGAGGCGCGCGAGCGGCUGCUCGCCGCCAUCUCCCUCGCCUUCGACUACGCGGCGCGCGGCGCGAUGGCGCUGCUCAGCGACGACCCGCGCACGCUCGCGACGCUCGUGGGCGCCGUCGUCGCCUGCGUCGGCGGGGCCUUCUUCGCGCGCGAGGCGGCGGUGCUCGCGCGGAACCUGGCCGAGGCCUACUUCGGGCGGCCGCGGCUCGUCCGGGAGACGUCGCGGAUCCGCGCCGCGCGCUUCCGCCACGUCCAGGCCGCCGCCGACGCCGUCGCCGCGGAGGAGGCGGGGUUCCUCGACGGCGUCGUGCUGCCGGCGGACCUGCGGCGGCGCCUCGUCCAGCUCGCGAACGCGACGCGAAACGCGAAGGCGAACCGGUCGCCCUUCCGCCACAUGCUCCUCCACGGGCCGCCGGGCACGGGCAAGACGCUGGUGGCCAAGCGCCUCGCCAAGGCCACGGGCCUCGAGUACGCCCUCAUGUCCGGCGGCGACGUCGGCCCUCUGGGGCCCGAGGGCGUGACCGCGCUCCACAGUUUGUUCCGCUGGUCGCGGACGUCGUCCAAGGGCGUGCUCGUGUUCAUCGACGAAGCGGAGGCGUUCCUCGCGUCGCGGUCCAACGGGCGGCUCACGGAGCACAUGCGCAACGCGCUGAACGCGUUCCUGUACCAGACGGGGUCGCCGACGUCGCACUUCGUGCUGGUCCUGGCGACGAACCGCGCGUCGGACCUCGACGAGGCCGUGCUCGACCGCACGGACGAGGAGCUCUACGUCGGGCUGCCGGACCUCGCCGCGCGGCGCCACCUCGUCGAGCUCUACUACGACCUCUACCUGCGGAAGCUCCAGCGCCGCGGCGGCCGGCUCGCGGCGGUCCUCCGGUUCCUCGGUGGCCGGCCCGCGCCCCUCGACGUGGGCCCGGGCGUCGACGACGCGGCGACGCUCGGCGCCGUCGCCGAACAGACCGAGGGCUUCUCGGGCCGCGCCAUCGAGAAGCUCUUCGUCGCCGUGCAGAGCAUCGCCUACGGCAACGACGGCCGGCUCGACGCGGCGACGCUGCGAUCCGUCGUCGACCACAAGGUCCGCGAGCACGCGCGCAAGCGCCACAUG